AGCCAGCACAUGGUCCCGUCCUCCCAAACGGCUACUUUCUCGCCCCUUCCGCCGCCUUCCAGAACCUUGCUCCGCGCCUCCGCCUCCGGCACCUGACCAUUCUCACCAUGCCGCGCCGGCGCCUGUGCCGCGCGGUUCUCGUCGUCGCCGGAGCGGCCUACCUCGCCUUCCUCCUCCUCUUCGAGCUCCCGUUCUCAUCCCCAUCCUCGUCGUCUUCAGCCUCAGGAUCGCUGACCACCCACCGCUCGCGCCGCCGCGAGCUCGAGGCCUCGGCCUUCCCCUCUUCGCGCUUCUCCCCCAUCCGGCCCGCGUUCCCCGCGGCCGUGUCCCCCUCCCCGUCCUCCCCGCCGCCGCUCCCCAUCUUCUCCUCCCUCCUCCUCCUCCCCCGGUCCAACGCCACGGCGACCCCCUUCGACGGCGCCGCGGCCGACGCCUUCUCCGCCGCAAAGCCCCAUCUUGCGCACCUCCAGACCGCCGCAUCCGCAUCCGCAUCCACCACCACCGCCUCCCCGCCCCCGUCCUCCCCGAUCUGCCCGGCCUCCAUCUCGCUCCACGCGGACAAGCUCCCCGCCGACGGGGUCCGGACGGUGGAGCUACCGUGCGGGCUGGCGGUGGGGUCGCACGUGACGGUGGUGGCGCGCCCGAGGCCCGCGCGGCCCGAGUACGACCCCAAGAUCGCCCAGCGCAAGGACGGCGGGAAGACGCCCCUCAUGGUGUCGCAGUUCAUGGUGGAGCUGGUGGGCACCAAGGUGGUGGACGGCGAGGCGCCGCCCAGGAUCCUGCACUUCAACCCCAGGAUCCGCGGGGACUACAGCGGCAAGCCGGUGAUUGAGAUGAACAGCUGCUACAGGAUGCAGUGGGCGCAGUCGCACCGCUGCGAGGGCUUCGCCUCCCGCCCCGCCGAGGAAACUGUUGAUGCUCAACUCAAGUGUGAGAAAUGGAUUCGGGAUGAUGACAACAAGUCAGAGGAGUCGAAGAUGAAGUGGUGGGUGAAACGUUUAAUUGGUAGGUCAAAGGAUGUGCACAUCAGUUGGCCCUACCCAUUCGGAGAAGGCAAGUUGUUUGUUUUGACUCUCACAGCUGGUUUGGAAGGUUACCAUGUCAAUGUUGAUGGGAGGCAUGUCACUUCAUUUCCUUACCGCACUGGUUACACUCUUGAGGAUGCAACUGGACUGUCUCUGAAUGGAGACAUUGAUAUUGAGUCAAUUUUUGCUAGUUCUCUGCCCAGUUCACAUCCUAGUUUCUCCCCAGAGAGAUACCUUGAAAUGUCUGAGCAAUGGAGAGCCCCACCGCUACCAACUGAACCUGUCGAGCUUUUUAUUGGUAUUCUGUCAGCAGCGAGCCAUUUUGCCGAACGCAUGGCGGUGCGGAAGUCAUGGAUGAUGUAUACAAGAAAAUCAUCUAAUAUUGUAGCUCGGUUCUUUGUGGCCCUGAAUGGUAAAAUGGAGGUCAAUGCAGAGUUGAAAAGGGAGGCAGAGUUCUUCCAAGACAUCGUCAUAGUGCCUUUCAUGGAUAGUUAUGAUCUUGUAGUUUUGAAGACCAUUGCCAUUGCGGAGUAUGGGGUUCGAGUCAUCCCGGCUAAAUAUGUGAUGAAAUGUGAUGAUGAUACAUUUGUUAGAAUUGAUUCCGUACUGGACCAAGUAAAGAAAGUUAAAAGUGAUAAGAGUGUGUAUGUGGGAAGCAUCAACUACUACCAUAGACCACUGAGAUCUGGCAAGUGGGCUGUGACUUAUGAGGAAUGGCCAGAGGAGGCUUACCCAAGUUAUGCCAAUGGGCCUGGCUAUGUGAUCUCAUCAGAUAUUGCACGCUACAUCGUAUCUGAAUUUGACAAUCAGACACUUCGGCUAUUUAAGAUGGAAGAUGUCAACAUGGGCAUGUGGGUGGAGAAAUUCAACAUCACUCGUCGGCCAGUAGAGUAUCGGCACGACGUCAGGUUCUACCAGGCUGGUUGCUUCGACGGUUACAUCACCGCACACUAUCAGUCCCCCCAGCACAUGAUCUGCCUGUGGAGAAAAUUGCAAUCCGGUAGCACCCAUUGCUGCAACGUGAGAUAACGAUGGCGAAAAAUGUGUGGCACCAAUGGUCGGUCUGAUAGAAAGAGAUGAUCGUCUCGCAUGGGAAUCAUGGCUGUGCCGAGGACUGUUUGGGGAAGAGCUUUCUGCUGGGGAUAUCAUUAUCAUUCUUUCAUUCUUUUGGUCGGUGGUCUUGUUUCGAGCUGCCGCUGAUUCUGACACCCUGGGGAUCCUUUUGAGGCCAGUUGAUGUUUAGUCGUGUCAAAAUUUUCUUGACAUAGUUUCAGGUCUGUGGGUAUAUUUUGCCUUUGUAUAUAAAACUAGUUUAGGAUUCCAUUUGUGACAUACGGUAUUUCAUUUGUCCAGACUCCGCACGUUUGUGGAAUGACGAAAUGCCCUACUGAGCUGAACAGCAAA